CUCAAGGUGGAGCCACAGGCCAGUUGUGCUCCUCCUUUACCCUUUCCUCUUCUAUUCUUCUCCUCCUCCUUCUCAGCCCUGGACUUGGGAGUUCAUCAAAGCUUCAUUCUUGUAUCAUGGGCAGAACCAGCACAAGGCUACCAAGCUUCUGCUUAAACCGUGUGGCAACUCGUGUUCGGGUUCGGUCUCCACCGAUCGACUCGAAGCCCGAUUCUGCUACUGUUGAGGCUAGUGAUCAGCCCCCUGAGCCUCCUGCCAAUGUGGAGGAGUCUGAUGGUGGAACAAAGAAGGAGGUAGAGGUUGGCAGGAGGAUCAUGGUUGUUGUGGACUCCAGCCCAGAAGCUAAGACUGCCUUGCAAUGGACGCUCUCGCAUUCGGUCCAGAGCAAUGACACAAUUGUUCUUCUGGAUCUUGUGAAGCCAUCUAAACAUGGUGAUCAACCUCAGAGGGAGAGAGAUCCCAAGGGUUCUGAGCUCCUCUGUGCUAUGAAGAGUAUCUGCCAGGCAAAAAGACCUGAGGUGCAGGUUGAGCUUUCUCUAGUGGAAGGGAUAGAUCGAGGACCGACCAUUGUCGAAGAGGCCAGGAAGCAGGGAGCCUCCCUGCUUGUCAUGGGCCAGAAGAAGCGAUCGAUCACAUGGAGGCUACUAAUGAUGUGGGCUGGGAAUAAGAUUGGAAGCAGUAUUGUGGACUACUGCGUGCAGAAUGCGAGCUGCAUGGCUCUGGCAGUGAGGAGGAAGAGUAGGAGAGGUGGUGGAUAUUUGAUCACCACCAAGCGCCAUAAAGACUUCUGGCUUUUAGCUUAAGGAUGAUUGGAAGUAAUGGUUGUUGCAAUGGGUGAUGUGUGGUGUGAGUGUGAUGUCUGUAAAUAAUAAAAGGUAAGAUGGAAUCCAUAGGUUUGUUAGAUCUUUUUUUGUUACUGUAUGAUAGAUUUUCUUCGUUGAUCGGAGGAGAAUGCCUUGACUCAGUAGUGCUUGCUGAGUGAAAAAUAAUGUGGUUUGUAGUAUCAUGGAAUGAGUUGCUCUUCAAACAAAAAGAUAUUAGUUUGAUCUUGCA